AUGAGCUCAACUUUACUUGGUCAUUCACAAGAAUUUAUUAACUCUAAAAACACACAAGUAAAAACUGGCUCACCGCUUAGUAUAGUCCUCACAGCACCCCAAGAUUCUGAAGAAACAUCACCCACUAAAAUCCACCACAAAUCGAGACCUUCUCUCAAACUUCAAUGUGCAGAUUUAUAUCUGUCAAUACCAACCAUAGAAUAUCAUCCUCCUACUGAAACGUGUGCUUCGCCAGCUCCACAGCAAACAGGGUUCAGUAAAUACCUGUCAAAUACAAAAUCUUCAGAGGCUACACAACCUGCCAACAACUCUCUAAGAACUUUAUUGUUUCGAAAGAAACUCAUGGACGAUGGACACGGACAAGAUGAAUUUCUUUUCUCACCUAUUUAUAAUCACAUUACAACUCGCACCUUUUUAAACUAUGAGGAUGAAGAUAUUUAUAGUCCUGAAAUUUCAACUCCUGUAAAUGUACCAGCUCCGAUAUUUUCCAAUGUUAGUCAUCGAACAUCGCAGGAUUCCGGUGUUGAUGUGAACUUUUCGGGAAAUCCAUCAUCGUGCUAUAUGCCGCCAAUUCUUUCUUCUUAUAAUGAUUAUAUUGGUGGUGCUAGUGAAAAUUGGGGAAUCAUCUAA